CCCAUGCGGUUCUCGUCGACCAUGUCCCAAAACUAUCUGUUAGCGCCCAUCCAAGAAUGCCCGUCCGAGUUCCUGGUCAAGGAGGUGAAAUUGGCUGUGCUCGGAACUGUGGGCGUGGGGAAGAGCGCCAUGAUUGUCCGGUUCCUCACCAAAAGGUUUAUCGGCGACUAUGAACCCAAUACUGGAAAUCUAUAUUCAAGACUUGUUCAUAUAGAAGGUGAUCAAAUGUUUCUGCAGAUCCAAGACACACCAGGAUGCCCGGAGUGUGGAGAAGCUAUUGGUAUUAACACAUUUGGCAUUUCUGCUCUGAUAAACGUUAGUUCCCAACAUCAAGAUUGA